AUGUUGAGCUCGGGGUCAGCACGGAGGCAGAAGCAGCGCAAGGUGCUGCUGAUGGGCAAGUCGGGGGCGGGCAAGUCGUCGAUGCGCUCCAUCGUCUUCAGCAACUACGUGGCCAAGGAUGUUCGCCGACUGGGAGCUACCAUCGAUGUCGAGCACAGUAACAUACGCUUCAUGGGCAAUCUCAUGCUCAAUCUCUGGGAUUGUGGAGGGUAA